UUAGUCUGAAAAUAAAAAUACACUUUUCCCUCAACUGCGUUACCCACUCCAGUCAACAGAUGGCGAUGUAGGGUCUUGAAGGUGCCAGAGUGACGUAUAAUAUAAUGGACGGGGGGCGCUUCUUCAAACACAACAGACACCUCGUUAGCCAGCUGUCCGAAACAAUCAAGCUCUUUAGAGGUGUUUCGUGUAUAUUAGCUACUGUGUUUUAAACACGAUUCUGUCGUGUUUACUUGUUACCCCCCCGAAUUCAUUUCAUAUUUACGUUUUGUUGUUUGUUUUCGUUUGUUUGCUGGCUGACUGGCUGGUUAAGUUAGCAAUAGCCUAGCUAGUUAGCUAAAAUCCACCGAUAUGAGUUCACUUAGCUUCUCUCUUGUUAAAGAAGAGGAGGAGGAAGAGGAAGAGGAGGUCUACUGGACGGAGAAAGAAGUUGUUGUGAAAGAGGAGGAAGAGGAGGAUAUCUCAGUAAAACAAGAAGUAGAAGGUGAGGCUGUUACAGUGAAAGAAGAAGAGGAAGACGUUACAGUGAAAGAAGUGGAAGACUCGUUCAGAGUGAAAGAGGAGGAGGAUGUUACAGUAAAAGAAGAGGAGGAAGAUGCAGUUUUUGGAGUGAAAGAGGAGGAGGGAAAGAUAACUGUCACAUCGAAAGACGAGAAGGGAGAAGAAAAGGAGGCAGAGACAGGAGAUCAGAUUAACACCAGAGAGAGACGGGACUAUCGCGGAUCCUCUGGGGAGCCUCAACAACCUCAUGAUGCUGACGAGGCAGAGAAGAGUCUCUCCAGAUCAGAACACCGCAAGAAACCCCAGCGGAGAUCCACAGGGAGGAAACCUCACCGCUGCCCUGACUGUGGGAAGAAUUUCACCUCUUCAACAGAACUUAAAAUACACCACAGAAUCCAUACAGGAGAGAAACCUUAUAGCUGCACUGACUGUUUGAAGAGAUUUUCUCAACUAGGGAACCUGACAAAACACCAGUUGACACACACAGGAGAGAAGCCUUACCACUGCUCUGACUGCGAGAGGACCUUUUCAACAUCACAGCGUUUAAAGCUUCACCAGCGAACACACACUGGAGAGAAGCCUUACCACUGCUCAGAUUGUGGGAAAAGCUUAACCUCCUCAAGUGAACUGAUUAUACACCAGAGAACACAUACAGGAGAGAGGCCUUAUGGCUGUGAUCAAUGCGGGAAGCGAUUCACUCAGUCAUCAAACCUGACUGUACACAAGAGAGUACACACUGGAGAGAAGCCUUAUCGCUGCUCGAACUGUGGAAUGAGCUUUACUACCUCAAGCUAUCUGAUAACACACCAGAGAACACAUACAGGAGAGAAGCCUUAUAGCUGUGAUCAAUGUGGGAAGAGUUUUACUCAGCCAAGUCACCUGAUUGUACACCAGAGAAUACACACAGGAGAGAAACCUUACCACUGCUCUGACUGUGGGAAGGGUUUUGUUAGAUCAUCACAUUUAAAAUCUCACCAGAGAACACACACAGGAGAGAAGCCUCACCACUGCUCUGAAUGUGGGAAGAGUUUUGCCUUAUUAGACAUACUGAUAGUACAUCAGAGAACACACACUGGUGAAAAGCCUUACCGCUGCUCAGACUGUGGGAAGAGAUGUACUACCUCAAGUAACCUGAUAUCACACAAGAGAACCCACACUGGAGAGAAACCUUACCACUGCUCUGACUGCGGGACGAGUUGUUCUACCUCAAGCAACCUGGCAGUACACCAGAGAACACACACUGGAGAAAAGCCUUAUAGCUGUGAUCAGUGUGAGAAGAGAUACUCUCAUUCAAGUUCUCUGAUUAAACAUCAGAAAAUACACUCAGGAGAUCCACAGAGUGUGGAAUGAUCUCCAACACCAGACCUGGGUAGUAGAACACAGUGGCCUCUAUCUUGUAAAAACAUAUUUAGGAAGCUGUGGAAAUUGAUUUAUUAAUGUUAAUAUUAAUUAAAACAUGUUUAUUCUAUUAUAAACCUUAAUGCUUAAUAUUUUCAAAUUUAUAUUAUGUAAGCUUAUAACAUAAAAAUAAUUCUAAAAAUAUUAAAAUGUUUAAAGUAUAGUUGUUGUUUUUUUAGAAAAGUACUAAUGUUACUUUCCCCUCAAAAUACUUAAAUACAUGUAAUUCUGUUAAAUACAUGUAAUUCUGUUAUAUACAUGUAAUUCUGUUAAAUACAUGUAAUUCUGUCCUUGGAAACAUUGAACUGAACUACUGUUGAAUACCAUUCAUUCUUCUGGAGGAAGUCAUGGUAACCAGGGGUUAAUACAUAAACAUUUAACUGAACUACUGUUGAAUUCCAUUCAGUCCUCUGGAGGACGUCAUGGUAACCAGGGGUUUAAUACGUAAACAUUGAACUGAACUACUGUUGAAUUCCAUUCAUUCCUCUGGAUGAUGUCACGGUAACCAGGGGUUUAAUACGUAAACGGUUGGUACUCAGUCUCAUGAUACAGUGCCUUGCAAAGUAUUCAUCCCCCCAUUGGCAUUUUUCCUAUUUUGUUGCAUUAC